AUGGCUGACAUCUCCGACCAGUCUGACCCAGAUAGCGAGCCGGAUCUCUCAGAGGCAGUGAAAAUGGUUGCGAGAAGUACCACGUUUAUGACGCAAAGCAAUCUCAAUGUGAUUUUGGCAAUUGACGAAGCCCGCGAACUACUCGGUGGCGGCAAAUCAACUGACAUGUCGUUUUUUCACAUCUUCUGUCGUGUUAUCAAGAGAGUGCCAACAGGAAGUGGUUUCUUUUCAAUCCUUGUUGACACUACCUCUCGUAUUUCUAAUGUCAACCCUCCCAAACGCCACGAUCCUAGCCACAGACCAGGCGAGCAGGAUCAAGUGUGUCAGCCUAUGUGA